GGCAGCCAAGCCGAGUGAGCGGAGGGUCCUUCCCUGCGAGAAGUCAGAGCUCUACAAGUGGGCAGGCUGGCUCCACUGUUCUGCUCCAAGGAUUACAUGUCCUUCAAACGCCCCUGCCCCUUAGCUCGGUACAACCGCACCAGUUACUUCUACCCCACGUUCUCGGAGAGCUCAGAGCACAGCCACCUGCUCGUGUCCCCCGUGCUGGUGGCGAGUGCAGUCAUAGGCGUGGUCAUCAUCCUCUCCUGCAUCACCAUCAUCGUGGGCAGCAUCCGCAGGGACAGGCAAGCCCGGCUCCAGCGCCGCCACCACCGCCACCGCCGCCACCACCAUCGCCACCACCGCCGCCGCCGCCGGCGCCAUCGAGAGUACGAGCAGGGCUACGUGUCCGACGGGCACACAUACGGCCGCCCGAGCCACAGGAUGCGCUACGCCUGCAGCCCCGCCGAGGACUGGCCUCCGCCUUUGGACCUUAGCUCUGAUGGGGACGUGGAUGCCAUGGUGCUCCGAGAGCUGUACCCAGACUCUCCACCCGGUUACGAGGAGUGUGUGGGACCAGGCGCCACUCAGCUGUAUGUCCCCACGGAUGCCCCGCCCCCCUACUCACUGACCGACUCCUGCCCCGAGCUGGACGGCGCCCUGGAUGCGGGCAGUGGCCACAGCCCUGGCCGACACCAGCAGGCGCAGAGGCCGCAGGGCCAGAGUGGCCUCCGCACUGUCUCCAUGGACACCCUCCCCCCUUACGAGGCUGUGUGUGGGCCCAGCCCCCCAUCAGGCCGGCUGCCACUGCCUGGACCACAACCAGGCCUGCAGAGCUCCCAGGGUUCGCCUGCCACAACCCAGGCCCCGGCCUUGGGCCCAGAGCGGAUCAUGUGAGCAACCUGGUGGUCAGGUCCUGCCAGCCCCUCAGGGCUGAGUCACAUCUUUCAGGCACACAGAUGCGUGUAUAUACACACACACACACACACACACACACACAGAUGCUCACAUUGCACCCCCACAUGCACACAUAUACACACAACUUGGACAGACACACACUGACACACCCAUGUGCACGCACACAUCCAGACAUGUCCCUCACGUGUGCAGGCGUGCACACGCACACAGGUCUCCCCCGCCAGAUACAC